GGGAGUCAAUCUCCAGGGGAAGGGAGGGGUGCAGCUAUAGGGCUGGCCCCUGAAGGAGGGGGCAGUGAGUGUGGGAAAAGCAGCUGAAGUGGAACAGUCCCUGGGGCAAGGAUCCUGAGAGAGAGGGAGCUGAAGAAGUGGGGUGGGACAGGAGCAGCUAAAGGGACCUGGUGGUCAGUUUGCCCUCAGAGAAGCAAGGAGCACCCUCAGCGCUCUCUGGGAAGAGGGGACAGACCCUUUCGGUCCAGAGCCAUCAUGUCCACUAGUGGUUUCACCUUCAAGGACAGGUGUGUGUCCGUGCUCUGCUGCAGAUUCUGCCAGCAGGUGCUGAGCUCGCGGGGGAUGAAGGCCGUGCUGCUGGCAAACACAGAGAUCGACCUGUACUCCACCGACAUCCCACCCACCAGUACUGUUGACUUCAUUGGAAGCUGCUAUUUCACUGACAUCUGCAAAUGCAAACUGAAGAACAUUGCAUGUUUAAAAUGUGGCAAUGUUGUAGGUUACCAUGUGAUUGCUCCAUGCAAACCUUGCCUGCUGUCCUGUAACAAUGGCCAUUUCUGGAUGUUUCACAGCCAAGCAGUCUUUGGUAUAAACAGACUAGACUCCUCUGGUGUGAAUUUACUGCUUUGGGGCAAUUUACCAGAUUUGGAUGAAAGCACUGAUGAAGACCUGUCUGGCAUCUCUGAGGAGGAGUAUAUCAGAUAAAUAUUAUCAGCAGUGUAUUCCCUUGUUACCUUGUAUUGCAGCUUUCUUCCCACUGUCUUAAUGUACAAACUCAAGCAAUACAGUAAACGGGAAGGCUGGCAAACUGUUUUUCAAAAAGGG